CCCUGGGCUGCACAACAAAACAGUCGUGUUCCAAAGGUUUUUCCUGCUGAUCUGAGCUGCUGUCCUCUGCAGUCAGCCUGUGUGUGGCAGUACCCUUUUGAACUCAGUCUUAAAAAUGAACCCAGUUGUUUCGCAGCCAGGAUAUGGCUCGGCGGUCUCGGGGUCUAGUGACUGGCAAACCGGCACCUUUGACUGCUUUGAUGACAUAGGGAUCUGUCUCUGUGGGGCUUUCUUUCCCCUGUGCCUUUCGUGUCAGAUUGCCUCUGACAUGGAUGAAUUCUGCCUGUGCGGAUCAAGUGUCGCCAUGAGGACGAUGUAUCGGACCCGAUACGGCAUCCCGGGAUCCAUUUGCAAGGAUUUCCUGUGUCUGGCAUUUUUACCGCACUGUACCCUUUGUCAACUCAAGCGAGAUAUUGAAAAGAGAAAAGCAAUGAAUGCUUUAUAAAAGAUGCUUGGUCAAAUUCACAUGGUAGUGAAAGAAAAUGCUGCAAAGAAAUACUGCAUCUAUUCAGUGCUAUCUCACCUUAAAUCUUAGAAACUAAUUCAGCUAAUCAUAUAGCUUCAAAUGGCUUCAAAAUAUUUUUAAUUUUUGAUUUGCUUUGAAAGAAAUAUAUUUCUAGUGCUCUUCUCUAAGAUGACGCCAUUAAAAAUUAAUUUCUUCAACAA